UCAAGCGCGUCUCACACAAACGCUUGUUAUUUGAUUUGCAAACGCCCAAAAUAAAGAAAUCUCAUUGGUUAAUUCAGAUUGAGCGGAAAGCUUAAAAUUUUGACAAAUAGAAGAAGACUGACACAAGAAAAAUAUUUCAGGAUCGCUAUUCGAAUUUACAGAAAUCAACAUGGAUGAAUGUGCAUUCUUGCAAGCUGACCAGUUAAAGUUGCCGUCAAAUGACAAACACAGAUCUUUUAGUACAAGUACACCUUUCUUCAAUGUUCAAGAAUAUAAAUUGCGAACACGAUCAGUUAAUGUGUGCUCUGGUGCUGAAAAUGACAGUGGUCUAGGUGCAUCAAUUUCUGAAACUUCUACUGCAAGUUUAGCUGAUGCUACAGGGCUCGGUAUUAGUGUUACUGGGUCAAGCUGUCAGACUCCAGCUAGUUGCGUCGAUAUUCCACCAUUUUGUGGACCGAAAUUAGACAUUUGUGUAAGUCCUGUGUCAUCUAGAAGACAUCCGGCCAGGAGAAGUUUAGACUUGUGUUCUUCUAAAAAGUACGAUAGUCUUACAUCUUGUAACAGAACAGUCAGCGCAGAUGACAGCAGUUUAUGUAGAUCACUAAAUAAAGGAGUUUCCAGGAAGUUAGACCUUGAUCUUAACAUUUACAGAAAUGAUGAAGAUAAAUGUACAGACUCUUCGCCUCCAUACGAAACAAGUUUGGCAUCUCAUUUCAAUAAAAUAUUACAGAAGUUUUCACCAGCAGUGAGUGAUCGUCUUAUUGGUAGAAAGAUGGGAUGUGAAAAUGUUGAUGUCCUGGGAGAAUUGAGUUUUAGAAACAUAAGUUGUGUUUCAACAAUACUGUCAUAUUUAGAUCCCACGGAUCUUUGCAGGAUAUGUGUAGUCAGCAAGCAGUGGAAAUCUUUGUGCGAAACGGAUAGAACGUCUCAUCAAAGGAAAAGACGAUUCCUACGAAAUCAUCAGGAAAAACUGAAAAGUGUAGGAAAAGAGAAUGCUGGUAAGAGAAGAACACUAGCACCGAGAGAAGCCGAGCGAACAGCAUUACAAAAUAUAAGCAGGUUACAAGGCAGUGUUCAAAUCCCAUGUCCGGAUGUAGUGAAAACGACUACAGAACAAUUUAUGGCAGUUGGCGCCCGUCUGAAGAAUGAUGAGAGACUUCAAAAAUGUCCGAGAUGUCGCAAACCAGCAAAAGUAUUGCCGAUACAGGACCGAGGAAAAUGUCAAAAUCCCGACUGUUGCUAUGACUUCUGUAUAAAGUGCCUGUGUGAAUUUCACGGCUCGAAAGAUUGUACCCCAAUAGUCGUAAAGAAGGUUAAAGCUGAUUCUAUAGGAACACGAAAAAGUAAAAAGAAUUUAAAGAGAUUGUGAUAACAUCUUAAAAGUAUAUCUUGUGAAAUAAUACAAUCUGUGAUACCUAAACAUAACUACAAAAAGACAUUCCAGAGGUCGAGGACAGUGCAGUCAACAAGUGAGCAGCUGAAGCGACUAUGUGCAAGACAUGUACAUUGAGGGGUGUACUUUAUCUUGAAAAAUAACCACAUGUGUGUUCAGUGUUUUAAUGAUCUCUUUUUUUAAUGUAUUUAUUUUACAGUAUUUUUUUUAUUAUUUUUUAUUAUACAGAGUAGUUUUGGUGCCGUAUCAUGCCCAAAAUUUAUCAUUGCCACAUUUUAUAAGAAUCAAAUAUUUGUAAAGUGAGUCAAAGAAUUAUUUAAUUGGAGUUUUAAACUUAGUUUAACUUACCAUGUAUUUAAUAUAUUUAUCUUAUUUUUUAUAUUUUUUAUAAAAUAUAGUUUUUUAUGGUUGCUUUUUUAAAGGUAAUCAAGACAAAUAACUUAAUAAGUUUAAACAGGAAAUAGUCACCCAAAAGUGACAGUAAUUAUAUAUUGAAAUACAUUACAAUGUUUUGAAGGUUAAAAGGAUGUUUAUACAAGCUCAGAAUGAAAGGGCACACCACCAUGCCCUUUUUGCCCCACACUUUUGCCCCUAAAUCACCGUCCUGUUUGUUUUUCUUCCUUUUACCAUAAAAUGAUGAAACAAGUUAUUUAAGGAUGUCAGUAUAUUUUAGACUGAUCAUCUGUUUUAUGUUGUUAGACAGUCAAAGGUCUAUAAUAAACAAUAAACUGUUUGUUUGCAGCCUUUGACCGACUUGCCCGAAAUUCUGUCCGCAUGUCAAAUGCUUGGGUAAUAAGAGG